UGUCUUUUAAUGUGUAACGUGUAACAAAAGGUAAGAGGAAAAUGAAGAAGGUGCUCAGGGUAUACGGCGGCGUAUUGAGGCUAGUGCGGCUUUUGCCGGCAGACACAAGGCCAUACUACGCCAAGUAUGCAAGGGAGAAUUUCGUUAACUACCGUGACGUUGACGUAAGUGAAACACCUCUUGAUGAACUCUUCCAACGAGCUUACAAUCACUCACUUUGGGUGCUCAACAAGUAUUCAGUUGACGAAUCUGCUGCAAAGAAGUUGAAAGAGAUUUGUUUCGAAUGAUAACGCGCACCACCUGUUCGACGUUAUUCCCCUGAGAGAUCUCGAACAAGUUUUUUUUUUCUUCUAAGGCUUCAAUGAUUUGUUAAGUGGGUAACAUCAAGUAUACUACUUUUGAUCUUAGUUUCAUACCUAUAUCAAGAACAGAGGUUGCUCGCGUGUCUUUUUCUUUUCUUUUGUUUUCUCUUGACUUUUGCUGCAGGCAUGUGUUGACUGCUCAAUCAUUCACGUCUUGUUUGAGUAGUUUCUUGUUUGUUUGCUUCAUCCUGAAUAAGUUGCUGUGAUUUUACAUUCUUAUAGUCAAAAACAUUCCAU